AUGCAGCCACCUCUGCGUAUCGCCAUCCUCGAAUGCGACACUCCUAUAGGUCAUACCAAGGAAAAGUAUGGCGGCUAUGGCAACCUGUUCAAGGAGCUGCUGAACAACGGUGCGGACGAGAUCGCGAGGAAAGAUGGUGUAAAGAGACCCGAGCUCGAUAUCACAAAGUACGACGUCGUCAAUGCCGAGCUAUACCCAACACUAGACAACAUCGAUACCGUCCUCUUGACUGGAAGCAGAUUCAACUCAUUCGAUAAUGACACAUGGAUCCUUAAGCUUGUGGACUUUACCAAGAAGGUGCUACAGCAAAAGCGUGUCCGUUUGAUAGGCGUAUGCUUCGGCCAUCAAAUCAUUGGACGGGCUAUGGAUGUCAAGGUCGACCGAAGCACCGAGGGCUGGGAGGUCAGUGUGGUACCUGUAGAACUCACGAAGAAGGGCAAGGAGCUGUUUGGCGUGGAACGACUGGCGAUCCACCAGAUGCACCGAGAUAUUGUCUAUACGUACCCAGCCUCCGUCGAAAAGCUGGGACAUUCAGACAGAUGUGAAGUGCAAGGAAUGUACGAGAAGGGUAGACUCAUCACCGUGCAAGGACAUCCAGAAUUCGACGGUGACAUUGUGGAGGAGCUACUGGUGAGCAGGCACGAGAAGGGCAUCUUCCCGGACGGCGUGUAUGAAGAUGGUAUGAAGAGGGUAAGGGAGCAUCAUGAUGGCGUGCCCGUUGGUGCGGCAUUCCUACGGUUCUUGUUAGAAGAGUGA